AUGCACAUUGAAAUUGCUCAAGCCGUCGACUUUUUGGGACGUCUUCUUCAGAAACUCGAUGCCACCAUCGUUGCUCAGUUUAAGGACAUUCUCGCCGUUUUGUUAAAACAACGCUUCACUGAUCACUGGGAUCCACAGCAACCGUGUCGAGGAAACGGGUUCAGAGCCAUCUCCAACUUCAACGGACGGCCCGACCCUGUUCUAGCCAUUGCGGCUCAAAAAGCAGCGAUUUCGCCAGAAGUGAUACAUACAUAUCUUCCUCGUGAUUUUGUGCUGUGGAUUGACCCGUUCUCGGUCUCGUAUCGAGUGGGUGAUCAUGGUAAUAUCAUGACUCUGUUUGAGGACACUUCUCGUGGUCGAGUCUCCAUGAAGCAGGCUCCCAGUCCACAUCUCCACUAUUUGCAACCUAAAAGUUCUACUCCCAUCCGGAUCUCGCCACCCAACAGCCCAGAAUCUACCAGAGUGGCAAAGCACACUCAUCAAUCAUCGCCUCUGGCCGUCAGUGCCAAGAAAGAACAAGAAAAGGCAAAGCAUUAUGAACAGCAGAAAAAGGUGUCUCAACAACAACAGCAGCAGCAGCAGCAGCAACAACAACAACAACAGCAGCAACAACAGCAACAGCAGCUGGUGAUGGCCAAUUAA